AUGACGAAGACAACUUUCUCUACAUACGCUCUCAAAUCUCUAUACAAGGCCACGUGGCACUUGCACCAACGUGGCCGCCCGUCAGCAAGGCAGGAACUCUCGGAGGAUGAUUCAAGUGUCGCUUUAGAGAUUUUAGCCGUUAAGGGUAUGGAAAGUCUGAAUGAGUUACUUAAGGACAGCAAAGGCAGCAACAGUACAAGUAGCUACAACAUCAUCAACAGUAAGGACAGCAAAGGCAGCAACAGUACAAGUAGCUACAACAUCAUCAACAGUAAGGACAGCAAAGGCAGCAACAGUACAAGUAGCUACAACAUCAUCAACAGUAAGGACAGCAAAGGCAGCAACAGUACAAGUAGCUACAACAUCAUCAACAGUAAGGACAGCAAAGGCAGCAACAGUACAAGUAGCUACAACAUCAUCAACAGUAAGGACAGCAAAGGCAGCAACAGUACAAGUAGCUACAACAUCAUCAACAGUAAGGACAGCAAAGGCAGCAACAGUACAAGUAGCUACAACAUCAUCAACAGUAAGGACAGUAAAGGCAGCAACAGUACAAGUAGCUACAACAUCAUCAACAGUAAGGACAGCAAAGGCAGCAACAGUACAAGUAGCUACAACAUCAUCAACAGUAAGGACAGCAAAGGCAGCAACAGUACAAGUAGCUACAUCAUCAUCAACAGUAAGGACAGCAAAGGCAGCAACAGUACAAGUAGCUACAACAUCAUCAACAGUAAGGACAGCAAAGGCAGCAACAGUACAAGUAGCUACAACAUCAUCAACAGUAAGGACAGUAAAGGCAGCAACAGUACAAGUAGCUACAACAACAUCAACAGUUAG